AUGUCUGCCGGUGUACGAAUAUGGAGCGCAUGCAGAUCCUUAGCCUUGCGCCCAAGAGCAGUGGCGACUCGAACGAGUAACCCCUUCCCGUCGCCGACCAGGCUUUUCCGACGACCAAGCUCGACCGACUCGAAUGGACAAGCUGCCAAAGCGGACGGCCAGGGACCAAACGCCAAGCUGACCUCGACCUCCCCGGGGCCGAGUUCCUCGGUGGUGGACGCGGAAGCUCCGCCAGCCGACGAUUCCGCUCGGGAAACGAGCGAGGCCUUGGACGAUUCGUGGGUCCAGGUCCUGGACGAUGCCGCUUUGGAGCAAAUCUUUUACGGCGGCCGCCCCGCGACAAGCGAAAGGCGAGGCGGUGGACUCUCAGCCGCGCAGGAGGAAACACUGUACCGUGAAGGCACCAUCCCGCCGCCGGAGACGGCGUCAGCCGUGGCUGCCAGCGAUGCGCCGACUCCUCCGUCAAACGCAGCAACUCUUGCCGAGGGAUCCGCCAUCCGCAAUCCGGGCCACAAGUUUGGGCUGCCGAAAAAGCCAUACCCAGAAGGCUUCAACUUGAAGCAAAGAUACCACCCGGUGCUGGAGCAGCUCACGCGCUUGCUCAUGAGGGACGGCAAGCUUAGCGUUGCGCAGAGGAAUGUUGCAAUGGUGAUGAAUUUCCUCAGGACGUCUCCGGCUCCCAUUUACAGCCCAAAGUUCCCGCUCCUCCCCGGCACGCCGCCGGCUUCCCAUCUGCCCCUGAACCCCAUCCUCUACAUCACCAUCGCCAUCGACUCGGUGGCUCCUCUGCUCAAGGUGCGCAAUAUCGCGGGGGCUGGGGGUGGUGGCCGCGCUUUGGAGCUGCCGGUGCCGCUGGCUCUUCGACAGAGAAGACGGAUGGCCAUCAAGUGGAUACUGGAUGUGGUGGAGAAGAAGCCGUCAAAGGGCAGCGGGAAGAAGCAGUUUCCUCACCGCAUCGCCGAGGAGAUCAUCGGCGUGGUGGAGGGACGAUCUAGCGUGUGGGAGAAGAGGAAGCAGAUGCACAAGCUCGGCACCGCCGCCCGAGCCAACGUCGGCUCGAGAAAACUCAGAGCCAAGAAGAAGAAGUAA